GCUUUACUUUGCCUCACAUAUUAAACUUGAAGAAGAAGAAAGGGAGCAAAAGGUGAAGGGUUUGAUGAGCUUCUUCUUCUUCUUCUUCUUCUUCUUCUUCUUUCUUCUUCUUGAGGAGCCAAACAAGAACUGGCUUCAGCUGAGCUGCUCCCAUUCUGUACUGUGAGGUGCAUCUGCCUUGCUUUCUUGUGUCUUCUCUGGAUCAGUAGACCUUUAAGACAACUGAGGCAUGAUGAACAAGGAGACGAGAGUGUUGGGAAUGCUCAUUCUUGUACUGAUCUUGCUGGGUGGGUGCAGCUCUGCUUCAGCCUCUUCACCUGCAAUAGAGAUUGUUGGUGUGGCCGUCUCCAAUGCUGCCUCUAAUGCUGCCUCCUCUCUGCUGAAGAGGUUGUGGUCUCUGAAAUCUACCACAAAGACUGCCGUCUCCGGCCACCGCCCACUGAUGAAAUUUGAGAGCGGGUACACUGUCGAGACGGUGUUCGACGGAAGUAAGCUCGGGAUCGAGCCCCACUCGGUUGAGGUGACGCAGAGUGGGGAGCUGCUGCUUCUGGAUUCGGUCAACAGUAAUUUGUACCGGAUCUCGUUGCCAUUGUCUAGAUAUAGCAGACCUAAGCUUAUUGCUGGUUCUCCAGAAGGGUAUGUUGGUCAUGUAGAUGGAAGGCCACGUGAAGCGAGAAUGAACCAUCCGAAGGGCUUUACAGUCGACGGAAGGGGUAAUAUAUAUGUCGCAGACACAAUGAACAUGGCCAUCAGGAAAAUUAGUGACACAGGGGCGACGACGACGAUUGCUGGGGGAAAGGGGAGUAGAGGAGGGCAUGCAGAUGGGCCAAGUGAAGAUGCAAAGUUUUCGAUGGAUUUUGAAGUAGUUUACAUUGCUAGUAGCUGCUCUCUUCUAGUUGUAGACAGGGGAAACUCUGCAAUCAGGGAGAUCCAUCUUAACUUUGAUGAUUGUGCACACCAAUAUGAAACUGGUCUCCCUCUUGGAAUAGCAGUGCUACUUGCUGCUGGUUUCUUUGGUUACAUGCUGGCUUUACUCCAAAGGAGGGUGGGAGUAAUGGUCUCAACCAAAACUGAAUCUGUAACCCCUACAAAAGCAAGCAUGCCUCCACAUCAGAUACCAGUUAAACCAUCUAUAAGACCCCCACUUAUCCCUGCCAGAGAUGAAGCAGAGAACACAGAUGAAGGACUCUUCAGCUCAAUUGGCAAGCUUUUAUCAGGAACAUGGUCAUCAACAGCAGCAAUCUUUGGUGCAGUGUUCCCAGUCUUCAGAAAGAAGCCAAAAGCUGUACAAUAUCAGCAGCAGCAGAGAGUGAAUGCUUGGCCUGUGCCAGAGAGCUUUGUCAUCCCCGAUGAUGAGAUACCGCCACCACUGGAGACGAGAGCUCCCACACCUCACAAGACUUACGCAUUCAUGUCAAAGGAGCCAGAAAAGAUCCACCACAUCAGACAUGCACCACCUUAUUUUUCCGGGUGGGGCACAGAAGCACAGCAGCAGCAGCAACAACAGGUACAUCAACGGCAGCACCUUCGACAGCACAGGCAGUACUCGUCGGGCCCUCAGACUUACUACGAGCAGAGCUGUGAAACAACCAAUGAGAUCGUGUUUGGAGCAGUUCAGGAGUCGGAUAGCAAGCGGAGGUCAGUGGAGAUCAAAGCUUUGAAUUAUGGGGAUCCAAUCUACGAGCAGUAUGGCAUGCGCAACCGAAGUAGUUACAGUGGUUAUGGCAACUACUAGAUGGCCACUGCAAUUGUUUCUUGUCCUUCUCUUCCAUGGAAAAUUUUCUGUCAGUUCAUAUGUGGUCUCUUUCCUCUUUCACAUGUCUAUAAAAUGGGGGAAGAACCAAGAAACUGUGGAAUGACUUGUUGAAACUUGUAAGAAGCUUCCUCCUUAGUUUUGUAAGAGAAAUCCAAAUGGUUCUGUAAAUUUGUAGUUCCAAUGCUCUUUGUGAUCCUGUGUUUUUAUUUCCUUCA